AUGGCCACUGCAGCCCGUCGGCCUCGCCUACAGGACUUUGAGAUCCACGAAGAUGGACCAUCCACCGAAGAUGCAGACAUGAACACCGAUGUCGUCGCCGGUGGGAAAAUUGAGGCGGAAGAGGACGUCGCAGAUCCAGAUGAGCAACAAGAGGAAGAACAGGAGCCAAAUGCUGCAGAUCACGGAGACGAGAUGUCAGAGGACGAUGAGGUGCUGGACGAAGACAUGAAGAAGCUCCAAGAUGCCUUUCCGGGCUUCAGGCACAAGUAUCGUCUGAUCAAGAGAAUCGGCGAGGGCACCUUUUCGACAGUCUAUAAGGCACAGGACAUACAAUACGAGCGAUACGAAAACAAGUGGGAUCUCGACAAGGAGAACGAGAAGUGGACACCACCUCCUCUGAGGAAGCAUGUCAACCGUAUUCCCUCAGCGGCCUCUGGACACGACGCGGUCUCCCCAACCUGUCACACUUCACGAGCUAGGCGGCGCCCCAAGUUCGUCGCGAUCAAGAAGAUCUAUGUCACCUCUUCGCCUGCGCGUAUCCUCAACGAGCUCGAGCUCCUGCACGACCUGCGCGACUGCCCCACCAUCUGUCCACUCAUCACCGCCUUCCGCAGCACCGAUCAGGUUGUCGCCAUCCUGCCCUACUUCCGCCACCAGGAUUUCAGAGAUUACUUCCGUAGCAUGACCCCUUCGGACUCGGCGAUCUACCUCCGCUCCCUCUUCACAGCCUUGUCUUAUGUGCACCGUCAUGGCAUCAUACACCGUGACAUCAAGCCGACCAACUUUCUCUACGACCAUACAGCCCGACGAGGCGUCUUGGUAGAUUUUGGUCUGGCAGAACGCGAAGGCACGGACACGAAACCAUGCGCCUGUCAUGAGGACUCUAGUGCGCGUAGGCAGCGCCUCAAGUCCGCAUACAUGGCCAAUGGAGGUCCACAUCACGGAUAUCCCAAGAACGACACACGUCCCUCGCGCCGUGCCAACCGUGCCGGUACGCGAGGCUUCCGUGCCCCCGAGGUCCUCUUCAAGUGCACAGAGCAGACUCCAAAGCUGGAUAUCUGGUCCGCAGGUGUGAUCCUGCUCACCAUCCUGUCGCGGCGCUUCCCCUUCUUCAACAGCGCAGAUGAUGUCGAUGCCAUGAUCGAGAUAGCAACCAUCUUUGGCUCCAAGCGCAUGAGGAUCGCUGCUCAGCUGCACGGCGCCAUGUUUGAAACCAACAUUCCCACCAUUGGCCAGAGUGGUUUUGACCUGGGCAAGAUCAUCAUGUGGAGCACCGUCCGCGAAGAGACGCCUCUUUCCAAUGACGAAAGGAUCGCCAUUGACUUUCUGAAUCGGUGUAUGGAGCUGGAUCCCAGUCGGAGGAUCAGUGCGGACGAGGCUUUAGAACACGAGUUCCUCUCAUUGGGUAUGGACAGAGACGUGGGCAGCGAAGAGGAUGAUAUGGACAUUCUCCAGCCGUGA